AUGUUUAUAUAUAAAAUACAGGGAGUUCCAUAUGCUGAACCACCAGAACGUUUCAGUGCACCGGUCCCCAAGAGUCCAUGGCCAGGUACCCUGAACACCACCGAGUUCAAAUCAGCAUGUAUGCAGCCGACCAAUCCACGAUUUCCUGACAUCGAUGAAGACUGCCUUUACUUGAAUGUGUAUUCCCCAAAACAUAAGUUGGAGCGAUCCGCUGUGCUAGUUUUCAUCCACGGUGGGUCUUUCUUGACCGGUUCAGCAAUGACGUACAUGUUUUAUGGAGUCCCAUUGGCUGCCGUAGGUGACGUCAUCGUUGUCACCAUCAAUUACAGAGUCGGAAUAUUUUCACGAUUUUCAACGGGGACGGAAGGCUCACGAGGUAAUUAUGGCAUGCUUGAUCAGGUAGAAGCCUUACGCUGGAUACAACGAAAUAUCGGAGCUUUCGGUGGAGACCAAAGCAGGGUUACGAUAUUUGGUGCCAGCGCUGGUUCUGCAAGUGUGCACUUUCACUUGCUUUCUAAGUUGAGUCGGGGACUUUUCAGCCAAGCUAUAAUGCAGAGUGGAAAUGCUUAUGCCGAGUGGGCUUUCGAGAAUACACCAUUACAGGAUGAUCGGAAGAGAGCUCUAGAACUCGGCCAGUCAAUGGGAUGUCAAACUGCCUCUGUGCCCGCCAUGAUUGAAUGCCUGAGAUCGAAAGAUGCCACCGAUCUCAUGGAGGCUGCAGGAACGAUACAUGGCUGGCGAUACAAGCUCCACGUUGAUGGCCUUUUCUUGGAGGACACACCGGACAACCUCUAUAGGAUGGGCGACUUCAAACAAUGUCCCAUCAUGGCAGGUUACAAUAAAGACGAAGGCACGGCCAGACUGCGAACCAUGUUCCGGGACCAUCGUUACGAACCGUACCCUCCCAGUAUGAACCUGACAACUGCUCACGAUCAUGUGACAUCCUUCGUGUCAUGGAAGGGUUACAACGAAUCAAUGAUCCUCCGUAACGCAGUUCUGGAGAUGUACACAGACUGGUCCGAGGACUUGAUCAAUGGCAACUUCUCUCGGACCUACGUGGACGUACUCACGGAUGUGAACUAUGCAUGUACCUCGGACAAAGUUCUUCGAGCUCAUCAGGCAUUGGGUGUUCACCCAAUCUUCAAGUAUAUUUUCACACACGCGCCAACCAAGAGUAUUCAAGAAUUCAUACAUGAAACACAGAUUGAUGUCACCCCAUCUACUCGUUGGUUAAAGGCGACUCAUUCCGAAGAAGUGACCUUUGUCUUCGGGUUGCCCUUUAUUGAAGAGAUUUCUCAUGUAUUUAAUGUCACAGAGGAAGAAAGGUCUCUUUCUCUCCAGAUCAUGCUAUUCUGGGCCAACUUUGCGAAAUCAGGUGACCCUAACAAGGCGAGUAAAGAUGGUUUUGUGAACGAUGCUUUUGAACCUUGGUUGCCUUUCACCGAGAAUGGCCUGAUGCACAAAGACCUGUCUCCUGCAUUCCCUAAUGGUAGGGCAGCAAGGGCAAGGGAGUGUCACUUCUUGAAUGUGUAUAUGCCACGAUUGAAAGCAUCAACCGCAUCCAUCUCGGAGGUUGAGCAACAAUGGAAGCGAGAUUUUAAGGCAUGGCAAUAUCUUUUUAUAGCUUGGAAGAGAACCAAGAAUAGGAACACUUGACAUUCUACAGUCAUUGCCAAAAUGGCACAUAAACCUAAACGUCAGAUAUCAGUCAUACCGGAACUCAAUCGAGAGGCAUUAUAUGAAAUUAUUAACCAUGAGUUAUAAUCGUAGUUCCCGAGAUGACAUAUGAUUUUCAAACUUUUAUCUUGUCAACUCUUGUUUUUAUUUCUGUGUAGAAUUAAUCCACAUAGUUUGAAAACGAAGGAACUGUUUAAUACUUAAAAUGUAAAGAUUUCCAAACCUGCCAG